GUUCUGGCGGUGCGCGCCGGGAGAGAUGCUGAGGAAGAUGAUCCACAUGACCUUGAAGACCUUUGCGCAGAAAUGAGGGAAAUACAAAGAACCAAAUACAAUUCUGAAAUUUGGGACCUGUAUUUUGAGGUGAUAUUUUCAGAAUGAGAAGUAUACAUGGUUACCUUUAUGAAUGUAGAGACAUGAGAAAACGGUUAUGAUGGCAAAAAACAAAGAGCCUCGUCCCCCAUCCUAUACUAUCAGUGUAGUUGGACUCUCUGGGACUGAAAAAGACAAAGGUAACUGUGGAGUUGGAAAGUCUUGUUUGUGCAAUAGAUUUGUACGCUCAAAAGCAGAUGAAUAUUAUCCAGAGCAUACUUCUGUGCUUAGCACCAUUGACUUUGGAGGACGAGUAGUAAACAAUGAUCACUUUUUAUACUGGGGUGACAUAACACAAAAUGGUGAAGAUGGAGUAGAAUGCAAAAUUCAUGUCAUUGAACAAACAGAGUUCAUUGAUGACCAGACUUUCUUGCCUCAUCGGAGUACGAAUUUGCAACCAUAUAUAAAACGUGCAGCUGCCUCUAAAUUGCAGUCAGCGGAAAAACUAAUGUACAUUUGCACUGAUCAACUAGGCUUAGAGCAAGACUUUGAGCAGAAGCAGAUGCCUGAAGGGAAGCUCAAUGUAGAUGGAUUUUUAUUGUGCAUUGAUGUAAGUCAGGGAUGCAAUAGGAAAUUUGAUGAUCAACUUAAAUUUGUGAACAACCUUUUUAUCCAGCUGUCAAAAUCAAAAAAACCUGUAAUAAUAGCAGCAACUAAAUGUGAUGAAUGCGUGGAUCAUUAUCUUAGAGAAGUUCAGGCAUUUGCUUCAAACAAAAAGAACCUUCUUGUAGUAGAAACAUCAGCACGAUUUAAUGUCAACAUUGAGACAUGUUUCACUGCACUAGUACAAAUGUUGGAUAAAACUCGUGGCAAGCCUAAAAUUAUUCCCUAUCUGGAUGCUUAUAAAACACAGAGACAACUUGUUGUCACAGCAACAGAUAAGUUUGAAAAACUUGUGCAGACUGUGAGAGAUUAUCAUGCAACUUGGAAAACUGUUAGUAACAAAUUAAAAAAUCAUCCUGAUUAUGAAGAAUACAUCAACUUAGAGGGAACAAGAAAGGCCAGAAAUACAUUCUCAAAACACAUAGAACAACUUAAACAGGAACAUAUAAGAAAAAGGAGAGAAGAAUAUAUAAGUACCUUACCAAGAGCUUUUAACACUCUUUUGCCAAAUCUAGAAGAGAUUGAACAUAUGAACUGGUCAGAAGCUUUGAAGUUAAUGGAGAAGAGAGCAGAUUUCCAGUUAUGUUUUGUGGUGCUAGAAAAAACACCUUGGGAUGAAACUGACCAUAUAGACAAAAUUAAUGAUAGACGAAUCCCAUUUGACCUCCUAGGCACUUUAGAAGCUGAAAAAGUCUACCAGAACCAUGUACAGCAUCUAAUAUCAGAGAAAAGGAGAGUAGAAAUGAAGGAAAAAUUCAAAAAGACUUUGGAAAAAAUUCAUUUCAUUUCACCUGGACAGCCAUGGGAGGAAGUUAUGUGCUUUGUUAUGGAGGAUGAAGCCUUCAAAUAUAUCACUGAGACUGAUAGUAAGGAGGUAUAUGGUAGGCAUCAGCGAGAGAUAGUUGAAAAAGCCAAAGAAGAGUUUCAGGAAAUGCUUUUUGAGCAUUCUGAACUUUUUUAUGAUUUAGAUCUUAACGCAACACCAAGUUCAGAUAAAAUGAGCGAAAUUCAUACAGUUCUGAGUGAAGAACCUAGAUAUAAAGCUUUACAGAAACUUGCACCUGAUAGGGAAUCUCUUCUACUUAAGCAUAUCGGAUUUGUUUAUCAUCCCACUAAAGAAACAUGCCUUAGUGGCCAAAAUUGUACAGACAUUAAAGUGGAACAGUUACUUGCUAGUAGUCUUUUGCAGUUGGAUCAUGGCCGCUCACGGUUAUAUCAUGAUAGUACCAAUAUAGAUAAAGUUAACCUUUUCAUUUUAGGGAAAGAUGGACUUGCCCAAGAACUAGCAAAUGAGAUAAGGACACAGUCCACUGAUGAUGAGUAUGCCUUAGAUGGAAAAAUUUAUGAACUUGAUCUUCGGCCAGUUGAUGCCAAAUCGCCUUACAUUUUGAGUCAAUUAUGGACUGCUGCCUUUAAACCACAUGGGUGCUUCUGUGUAUUUAAUUCCAUUGAGUCACUGAGUUUUAUUGGGGAAUUUAUUGGAAAAAUAAGAACUGAAGCUUCCCAGAUCAGAAAAGAUAAAUAUAUGGCUAAUCUUCCAUUUACAUUAAUUCUGGCUAAUCAGAGAGAUUCCAUUAGCAAGAACCUUCCCAUUCUCAGGCACCAAGGGCAGCAAUUGGCAAACAAGUUACAGUGUCCUUUUGUAGAUGUGCCUGCAGGUACAUAUCCUCGUAAAUUUAAUGAAACCCAAAUAAAGCAAGCUCUAAGAGGAGUACUGGAAUCAGUUAAACACAAUUUAGAUGUGGUGAGCCCAGUUCCCACCAAUAAGGAUGUAUCAGAAGCUGACUUGAGAAUUGUCAUGUGUGCCAUGUGUGGUGAUCCAUUUAGUGUGGAUCUUAUUCUUUCACCAUUCCUUGAUUCUCAUUCUUGCAGUGCUGCUCAAGCUGGACAAAAUAAUUCCUUAAUGCUUGAUAAAAUUAUCGGUGAAAAAAGGAGGCGAAUACAGAUCACAAUAUUGUCAUAUCACUCUUCAAUUGGAGUAAGGAAGGAUGAACUGGUUCAUGGGUAUAUAUUAGUUUACUCCGCUAAACGGAAAGCAUCAAUGGGAAUGCUUCGAGCAUUUCUAUCAGAAGUUCAAGAUACCAUUCCUGUACAACUGGUGGCAGUUACUGACAGCCAAGCAGAUUUUUUUGAAAAUGAGGCUAUCAAGGAGUUAAUGACUGAAGGAGAACACAUUGCAACUGAGAUCACUGCUAAAUUUACAGCAUUGUAUUCUUUAUCUCAGUAUCAUCGGCAAACUGAGGUCUUUACUCUGUUUUUUAGUGAUGUUCUAGAGAAAAAAAAUAUGAUAGAAAAUUCUUACUUGUCUGAUAAUACAAGGGAGUCAACACAUCAAAGUGAAGAUGUUUUUCUACCAUCUCCCAGAGAUUGUUUUCCUUAUAACAACUACCCUGAUUCAGAUGAUGAUACAGAAGCACCACCUCCUUAUAGUCCAAUUGGGGAUGAUGUACAGUUGCUUCCAACACCUAGUGACCGUUCCAGAUACAGGUUAGAUUUGGAAGGAAAUGAAUACCCUGUUCAUAGCACUCCAAACUGUCACGAUCAUGAACGCAACCAUAAAGUGCCUCCACCUAUUAAACCUAAACCAGUUGUACCUAAGACAAAUGUGAAAAAAUUGGAUCCAAAUCUCUUAAAAACAAUUGAAGCUGGUAUUGGUAAAAAUCCAAGAAAACAGACCUCCCGGGUGCCUUUGGCACAUCCUGAAGAUAUGGAUUCUUCAGAUAACUACGCAGAACCCAUUGACACAAUUUUCAAACAGAAGGGCUAUUCUGAUGAGAUUUAUGUUGUCCCAGAUGAUAGUCAGAAUCGAAUUAUUAAAAUUCGAAACUCAUUUGUAAAUAACACACAAGGAGAUGAAGAAAAUGGAUUUUCUGAUAGAACCUCAAAAGGUCAUGGGGAACGGAGGCCUUCUAAAUAUAAAUAUAAAUCUAAAACCUUGUUUAGUAAAGCCAAGUCAUAUUAUAGAAGAACACAUUCAGAUGCAAGUGAUGAUGAAGCUUUCACUACUUCAAAAACAAAAAGAAAAGGAAGACAUCGUGGAAGUGAAGAAGAUCCACUUCUUUCUCCUGUUGAAACUUGGAAAGGUGGUAUUGAUAAUCCUGCAAUCACUUCUGACCAGGAGGUCGAUGAAAAGAAGAUGAAGAAGAAAACCCACAAAGUAAAAGAAGAUAAAAAGCAGAAAAAGAAAACUAAGAACUUCAAUCCACCAACGCGUAGAAAUUGGGAAAGUAAUUACUUUGGGAUGCCCCUCCAGGAUCUGGUUACAGCUGAGAAGCCCAUACCACUGUUUGUUGAAAAAUGUGUGGAAUUUAUUGAAGAUACAGGGUUAUGUACUGAAGGACUGUACCGUGUUAGUGGUAACAAAACUGAUCAAGACAACAUUCAAAAGCAGUUUGAUCAAGAUCAUAAUAUCAAUCUAGUCUCAAUGGAAGUAACAGUAAAUGCUGUAGCUGGAGCUCUUAAAGCUUUUUUUGCAGAUCUUCCAGAUCCUUUAAUUCCAUAUUCUCUUCAUCCAGAGCUAUUGGAAGCAGCAAAAAUCCCAGAAAAAGCAGAACGUCUUCAUGCCUUGAAAGAAAUUGUUAAGAAAUUUCAUCCUGUAAACUAUGAUGUAUUCAGAUAUGUAAUAACACAUCUAAACAGGGUUAGUCAGCAAAAUAAAAUCAACCUAAUGACAGCAGACAACUUAUCCAUCUGUUUUUGGCCAACCCUGAUGAGACCUGAUUUUGAAAAUCGAGAGUUUCUGUCUACCACUAAGAUCCAUCAAUCUGUUGUUGAAACAUUCAUUCAACAGUGUCAGUUUUUCUUUUACAAUGGAGAAAUUGUAGAUACUGGGAACACUGUGGCUCCUCCACCACCUUCAAAUCCAGGACAGUUGGUUGAAUCAAUGGUACCCCUCCAGUUACCACCACCAUUGCAACCUCAGCUGAUACAACCACAAUUACAGACGGAUCCUCUUGGUAUUAUAUAAAUAGAAAGUGAUUGCAGACAGCCUGAAAUUGGAAAAAAAGCAAAUCUACACAUGCAUGUUUCAGGGUUCAGUAGAAUACUUCAUGUUUCGUACAGAUAAUUCACAUUCAAAAUGAUGAGACAUUUUCUCUCUGAACUGUAUGGUAUUCCUCAUUCACUUACAUUACAAAUCUAAGACCAUGUGGUAAGCAUGACUGGAGAGGUUUAAUUUUUAUAAACAAAAAUAGCUAUAAAAUACAAAGCUACUGCUGCAUGCAACCUUAUUGCAAUCAGUAUAUCAUUCCUGUGGCAAUUUCUGUCACAUUAUAUUGUGAAUAAAAUUUUUCUAUAGAAAUUGAUUUAAAAACUCACAUAUAUGAAACAUAUAAUGCUUUUCAGCCUGCUUUAUGGCUGGUUUUGUUAUUUGAUGUGCUAAUUUGGACAACUUAAUUUACAUUCUAGCAGUCUGCAUAGAUAACUAAAAGCCCAGUUAAGUAUUUCUUAAUUUCAGGCUACUUAAUGCCAUGCUUGGGAUGUUGUUUAAAAGAAAGAAAAAUUAUACAGCAUAUUUUACAUUUCUAUACCUUCAUCAUUAAUUCUGAGUAAACCUGUGGAUGAUUUGAUGAGGGAUAAAUGAACCUAUUUCUUUUAUGAACAUACCAAGGACAUGUUUGUGGCUAAAGUGAGUUGAUAAUGUUGUACAAAGGAUAGUUGUCACCAACUCAUUUCUUUAUGGUCCAUAAUGAAAUAAACAUUUUGUAUACGGUUAAUUCUGUAAACAGAUGCAUGUUCAAAAGAUCUAUGAUGGUCUUGUAAUCUUAAUCUAAUAUAUUUUAGAUAUUUUAAUUUUUCCCUCUUGGGGAAUACAUUUAGUAUAGUGUAGAGAAAUACUUCAUGACAUUUUCAUAUAAGGUUAUAUAACUUUUCAUAAACAUGAAAUUUGUUGUAGAAAAUUCUUUAAACCAAACAUUUUAAUCUAGGACUUCAAUUUAAUCUGUUCCUUGAAUCUAUUUUUAUGUGGCCCUUAGAAACAUAUCCAAAAAAUCCAUUGCUAAUAUAGCAAUAAAAAUACUUUGGGUACUGACAGACUCCUUGGAGUGUGUGUAUAUAAAAUUACAAACUUGUAUUCAUAUUCUUUUCUGUGAUGUGUUGUACUAAAAUCCAAAAUGGCUUUUACACCAUUUUUUAAACCAAUUUUUUCCUUUCAUGUUGGUACCAGAGUUGCUAUAAAUCACUGCUGCUUUUGGGGUUAAAUAUUUUGUUAGUGAAGAUACAACCAGAGCACUAAAUUAUGGAAAAAAAUUUGGAAUAGAUGGCACAGGUAAAUUUUGUUAGGCUUUAUUCAAAAUUCUUUAAUUAUCAAACCAUGCCAUUUUUUUUUCCUGAAAAAAGGAAAUGGUUUAUAUUUCAUUGCUACAUCAUAUUUUAUGUAGUAAAGAAUAAAUUUUUUUUGAUCAAUGUUGUAAUCUUCAUCCAUACUGGAAUUUUAAGGUUAUCUUACAUGUAUGAUAGUAAAUAGAUGAUUUUGAGA